AUGUUGCCUCCGGUUCACGCAACUCUUCCUCCUGAUGGACUCUGGCGAACAGGAAGGAGUUACUACUCCGUAUGGGGCACUAUUUUUGAAAUCGAUGCAAGGUUUGAGCCCAUCAAGGGUCUCGGGGCGGGAUCCUACGGUGUGGUCUGCUCCGCGAAAGAUCAGAAGAUGAAGGAGAAUGUCGCGAUCAAGAGAAUCUCCAAUGUGUUUGAAAACCCCACCACUGCUGUCAGGACCCUGAGGGAGAUGAAGAUGCUCCGGCAAAUCAGGCACUUCAAUGUGAUUUCACUCAAGCAUGUGAUGGUGCCGAGCCGACCGUCUAUGUUCACGGAGGUUUAUUUGGUGUUCGAGCUCAUGGACACCGACCUGGAUCGUGUAAUCAAGUCCAGUCAGCUGCUAUCUGCUGACCUCGUCAGGUGCUUCGUCUUUCAGAUACUCUGCGGCCUCCGCUACAUUCACUCAGCCAACGUCCUCCACCAAGACCUGAAGCCCAGCAACAUCCUCGUCAAUUCCAACUGUCAUCUGAAGAUUGCCGAUUUUGGACUUGCGAGAACUGCAGCCCAAGACGACUCCGAGUUCAUGACUGGCUAUGUCGUCACUCGAUGGUAUCGUGCACCCGAGGUCCUUCUCGGUUCCUACAACUAUGGGCAACCUAUCGACGUCUGGUCGGUGGGGUGCAUCUUUGCCAAACUUCUCGGGCGAAAACCCAUCUUUCCAGGCACCUGCUUCCAGAAACAGUUGCAGCGCAUAAUCAGUGUGCUAGGCACCCCGAAGCCAGCAGAGCUCGAUUUCAUCAAAAGUGAGAAGGCCAGAAGAUACAUCAAGUUACUGCCUUGCACCAGAGGAACCCCGCUGUCGACUCUCUUUCCCCUAGCUGACCCUCUGGGAUUAGACUUGCUCGCGAAGAUGCUAGUAUUCGACCCCAGGAAGAGGAUCACUGCGGCCGAAGCGCUCAAGCACCCUUACCUGGCAGAUGUUUACAAUCCAAGCCUCGACGUUCCAGCCCAGUCCCAGGUGAAACUUGACCUGGAGGGUGUGGAGCAUAAUACGUUAAGGCAACUGAUGUGGGACGAGUUGAUGUGCUGCCAUGAUCGCUUUGCACAGCGGCCCACACCGAUAGGUCGUCCAGCUGCCUCAAGAAAUGGAAGUUAAUCUGUUUAGGCCCAAAUUUUACUAGCUUCUGACUAUGAAGGACAUGUCCGCGCAACCGGAAACAUUUUCAAGUAUCAAAGAAGGCCCGCAAUUUUUGAAGUUCCUCUCUUCAUAUCACUUCGUUUCCGGUAUACGAAAUAAGAGUAGGCAAUUGUAAUUCUGUAGAUCGUAGUACUUUUCAAACCAUUCCUAUGAAUAGAAUUAUGCAGGCAACUUCUUUCUCUGUCGGGAUUGUUAAGAU